ACCUUUCGGAAGUAACCAAGGAGAAACGACAUUUCCCAGGGUGCACCUCUACUUGUUUGACACUGUAGCGUUCAUGGCGUCGAAUCGAGGUCUUGGGUCUGCUCCUAUUUUGAUACACAGAUAAACUGUCACAGUUUUAACGCAACUUGUCGCGAUGGAAGUGGCCCAGUCACUCGGUGCGGACGAGCAGACGCGUUUGACCCAGUUGAGGUUCGACGCCGCCGUCAAAGUCAUCAAGAGUUUGCCUCCGGAUGGUUCUUUUCAGCCAUCCAACGACAUGAUGCUCAAAUUCUACAGUUACUACAAGCAAGCCACCGUGGGCAAGUGCAACAUAGCGCGGCCCGGAUUCUGGGACGCUGUCGGCAAAGCCAAAUGGGACGCAUGGAACUCCCUGGGUGAAAUGACUAAAGAGGAAGCAAUGACAGCCUACGUUGAUGAAAUGAAGCUGAUUCUGGAGGGUAUGCCAAUGACAGGCGAGGUGGAGGAACUCCUGCGGAUCCUUGGACCCUUUUAUGAACUGGUGGACGAGAGGAAAAAAAUCACGCAGAUAUCCGACCUCGGCACAGCCCGUUUGACACAGUUUGCUAGGCAGCUGGAAGGCUUCAGCACAACUCUGAGCAGCGUGUCGUCAAAGAACAUGGCCAAGAGCAUCGUGAGGACCAUGGAAAUGAAUGGCACGCUGGACGCCGGGCCCGCCAAGCCCGCCCCUAAGGACAACAAAGAAACAUCCGAGGAAGAAGACGAAGACGAUGAGGUCAGCAAAGCCUCUCAACCGAAGAAGAAAGCGUCGCCGAGAGCGCACAAAGCUCAGAAUGGCAAAAUGGCCAACGGCGUGUCACAUUUGACAAACGGCGACCACUCGCUUACACCUCAGGACGUACUGGAUGCUCAACCGCUGCUCAACGGCCACCCCGCCCCUCCCCCCACUUCAGAGGCCAGCGAGGAUGUGACCGGCCCCGCCCAGCUUGCCAGCGACUCGGACAGCGAAGUCUAUUGUGACUCAGUGGACCAGUUAGGGCAGGACGAGAGCACCGAGCAGACUCGGUCUCUGGAAGACCUGGAUGAGGAGGUGGAGGAGGAUAAAGAGGAACCUGUGGACCGUGAGGAUCUGCAGGGAGUGCCGCAGGGCAUCAGGUGUGGCGGAGAGGACAGUGACGCCGGCGGGAGCGUGACGCAGAGGUCCAGGCUCAACGUGGAAAUGCCAAACUCCGCCGUUGGAGGCGGCAGAGGCUCCAGGUCCCACGGCCGUGGCCUCGGUGCGCUGAAGCCCACCCACGGCAGCGGCGGAGACGACAACGCCGGCGGCGGUGGCGGUGGCGGUGAGCGGCGGGCUGGAGCGGGCACGCCGGUGGGCAACCUGAACGAGCAGAUCGUGGCGGCGCUGGCCCAACUGCAGGAGGACAUGCAAAGUGUCCUGGAGAGGCUCCACACGCUCGAGGCUCUCGCCGCCACGCAGGCCAGGUCAACAGUCAUGUCUCCUGUUCAUCCCUCUACGCCACCGAAUAAGAACAGUCUGAGACCAUCGUGGUGGCCUUUUGACAUUUCUCCCAGCAGUCUGGCCUUUGGCGUCAUGUGGCCCUUUGUGGUGCACUGGCUCAUCGGCCUCUACGUGCAGAGGAGGAGAAGACGACUGAACUGAAACAAAUGAGGACGACCGUGAAGAAUAGUUGACUUUCAUGUGGUUUUGCCUAAACCGCUUGCUUUUGCACUAAGGAACGAGAAAGAAAUCCUGUGAGGAAACAUGCAUACUGAAGAAUGUGAUCAUGCAAUACAUUGUAUGUUGUUAAGGCGGUUUCUAUAGCAACUCGGGCUUAACCUGUACAAAGCGGGCCUGAUACUGUCUUGAGCUUGAUGUGAUUUCAAUCUUUGACUUUAGUCGCCCGGAGCCAUGCUGCUAAAACACAGACAGAGAAAAAAAUGUUAAGAAUUUAGUAGCGUAAAAGGAAGAUGCAUAAAUACUGUACCGU